AUGAAGAACAAAAUACAGAAAACCAAAAUGUACACGUAUCACAUAAAAGAUAUGAUGUUCGUCGGGACUUGCAAGAAGAAUCAUCUAAAGGUCGCCUUAUGUAUCGUGUUUGGAAUCAUUGCUUUAGUAGUUCUAAUCAUUCCGCAUGUGAUGACGACGCAUAAGUAUAUACACCACCGAAAACUUACGAGGUACGCGACAGACUUAAAGUAUAUACUCUUUUGGAGCAAAUCGAAGCAUCAGAGAUCACGCUUAGCCCUAAAUAAGCCGAGCGAAUUUUUGCCAGGUCAGAAAAUGUUCAUCAACCAGAAAUGCCCGCACAUCAACUGUUAUAUAACAUACAACAAGGACACAUUAAAUAACGCCGAAGAUUUUGAUGCAAUAGUAUUUGAAAUAGAUGACAUUAUCAAAGUGGAUGUUAACUUCAUCAAUUUGACGAGAUCUCCAGAGCAGUUAUAUAUAUUCAGAUCAUCAGAGACUCCGGAGAAACAUCCAUUAUGUCACCAUGAUUUGGACGACUUUUUUAAUUGGACUUGGACUUAUAAGUUGAGUUCUGAUAUUCCUCAGCCUUUUUUAAAUAUCCAUUACACCAAUCAUUCGAUCAUCGGGCCGGUUACGAAAAUGAAUUGGCAGACUAAAAAAUUAAAGAGAAGUUCAAGUAUCGCUAGUAAAAUAAGGCAUAAGAAAAAGGCUGUUGCUUGGGUGCUGACUAAGUGCAAACUGAAAACGAAACAUCAAGAUUUUAUAAAGGAGUUUAAGAAUGAAAUAAGAGGAUAUAAUUAUACUUUGGAUAUUUAUGGUCCAUGUGGUAAAAAGAAAUGUCCUGGUGGUAGUGCAAUAAAAUGUUAUAAGAUGUUAGAAAGGGAAUACUACUUCGUUAUAGUGUUGGAAGAGUAUUUGACAGAAGAUUAUGUGACCGAGGUCAUGGUCAGCGCGAUGUCGCAUCUAGUUAUACCUAUUGUUUUGGGACCGUCUGAUUAUUCCAAUUUCUUACCUCCUGGCUCCUUCAUCAACGUCCAGGCCUUCGACAUGAGUAAACUAGGUGCACUGAUAGACUACCUCAUCAAAAACCCUGAUAUGUACGAAUUUUUCUUUGAUUGGAAGAAGUACUAUUAUUACACAGUAAGGCCUAGGACCCAGGUUUGUGAUCUCUGCACCAAACUUAACGAAUACAACGGUUCAAAUGUCGUGAAGACGAAUUUCCGAAAAUGGUGGGAUCCAGAAUUUAAAGAUGUCUGCCAAAGAAUGAAGUUGUAUAAGUAUUUUAAUACUGAUGUUUGA